CUUCACGUUCAGAUUUUGGGAGCAAAAACAAAACCCUAGCCGCCGCGGCGACAGGAUGCAGAUCUUCGUGAAAACCCUGACGGGGAAGACGAUCACCUUGGAGGUCGAGUCCUCCGACACCAUCGACAAUGUGAAGGCCAAGAUCCAAGACAAGGAGGGCAUCCCGCCGGACCAGCAGCGUCUCAUCUUCGCCGGAAAGCAGCUCGAGGACGGCCGGACACUCGCCGACUACAACAUCCAGAAGGAGUCCACUCUCCACCUCGUGCUCCGCCUCCGAGGUGGCGCCAAGAAGAGGAAGAAGAAGACGUACACAAAACCAAAGAAGAUCAAGCACAAGCACAAGAAGGUCAAGCUCGCCGUGCUUCAGUUCUACAAGGUCGACGACUCCGGCAAGGUCCAGAAGCUCAGGAAGGAGUGCCCUAACGCCGAGUGCGGCGCCGGGACUUUCAUGGCCAACCAUUUUGACCGGCACUACUGCGGUAAGUGUGGUCUUACCUAUGUUUACCAGAAGGCCGGCGGCGAUUGAUUGAGAGUCGUCGAAACGCUGUCGUUUUGUUAAGAGUAUGAGUUUUGGAAGCAAAUGGUUUUCAUUUUUAAGGUUUAGAACUUGUAAUGUUAUUUGCU